CUUUGACUGCUACGCGCGAUUAUAGUCGCGCUGUAUUUACCAGGCCUCCACUGCUGAGCGCGACUUUUGUCGUUUUCAUACCUGAGUAACUUUGGGGAAUUUCCAUUCGCUCGGGUUGUGUAUGUUGACUGAAUAAAUUUGUUAGAACGUUUCUGAUUGGUCAUUUUAUUCGUUAGGAAGGUUUCUAGAGUUUUUAUAUCAAUAUAAUGAGAAAUACAGAGGUGGAAUGUUUAUAGAAAAAAAUCGAUCGAAAGUAAAAUGGCAAAUGUAAAUUGGAGUGACAAAGAGGAAGUAUUGCAGUUUUUUAACGAUGAUAGUGACGACGAAGCAGAGUUUGAGGGGUUCGAAAUUGGAGAUAUACAAUUAGGAAACAGAAAUACACUUGCUCAAGUACCGAUGGGGGACUUUGUACCCGACAAUGACCAGGAUUUACCCACAGAUUUGGAAGAAGGUUGGUCUUGGGAUGACGCCGCGCCGAUGCAUGCACCCUUCAUUGGAGAAGAGAAAUUAAACAUAAACAUGGAUGAUUUUCAGCCUUUAACUUUUCUGAAACUGUUUGUGAAUGAUGAUUUCAUAAAUUUGUUGGUUGAACAAACAAAUUUGUAUGCCGAAAGACGUGUAGAAGCAGAAAAUGUUAGCCAGUUCAGUCGGCUGAAACAAUGGCGUCCUGUCAACAUGGCGGAGAUGAAAGUUUUCUUAAGCUUGGUUAUUUGCAUGAGAAGGAAUGACGUUCACGACUACUGGGCGACAGAGGAUGUUCAGGACACUCCAUUCUUCCGAGAACAAAUGUCCAGGGAUCGUUUUUUACUCAUUUUGAGUAACUUUCACAUCACAGACAAUGAACUCCAGGUACCCAGAGGACAGGUGGGCUUUGAUCCGUUGUACAAGGUGAGGAUGUUUGUAAACCAAGUUUUGGAUGCAUUCAGUGAUGUUUAUUCCCCUGACAAAGACUUGAGUUUUGAUGAAGCAACUUGUGCUUGGAAAGGGAGGUUGAGAUUUAGAGUUUACAACCCAGCCAAACCUACCAAGUUCGGAAUCAAACUUUACCAAGUUUGUGAGGCAAAGUCGGGGUACUGUAUUGGUUUCGAUAUUUACACAGGAAGUACACCUUGCAUACAGUAUGCAGAUGCAAUUGGAGUAGAUGAAGACUACAUUAUGACUACUCGAACAGUUAUGGGUCUGCUUACAAGAUGUGGACUUUUAGAUCGAGGACACCAUGUUUACAUGGACAACUAUUACACCUCACCUGAGUUGUUUGAGGAGCUAAGACUUCACAAUACCUAUACUUGUGGGACACUCUGGAAAAACGGAAGAGGUGUACCAGAAGCUAUCAAAAGAAAUAUAAAACUGAAACCUACCCAAGUGAUUUUCAGAAGAAAAGAAUCGACAGAAAUGCUGGCUGUAAAGUAUCAUGAUAAGCGAGACGUAAACAUGCUGACCACCAUUCACGAAGCCAACAUGUCCGUGCUCAACAAACGUGACAGGGCAACAAAUGAGUAUGUUGUCAAUCCAACCUGUAUUGUUGAGUAUAUAAGUCAGAUGGGAGGGGAAGACUUGUCAGAUCAGAUAAGUCAGUAUGACACUUGUUUGCGGAAAACAACUAAGUGGUACAAGAAAUUAUUUUUCCACCUGUUCAACCUGUGUGUUGUUAACGCCUACCUUUUGUACCGCAAGUUCAACGAUGACGAGAAGAAGCUUGACAGUCAUGGAUUCAAAAUGGCAUUAGCAACAGCACUUAUAAAUGAAGCUCCUGAUGUUCCUAAACCUAACACCAGCAAAGGAAGAAAGCACACAGGAGACAAAGCAGCCCGCCGUACAGAACGCCACUUCCCAGAUCAUAUUGCAGCAAAGCCAGGUGCUAAACGAGCAAAGCCAUGCAGGGAUUGCUAUGCCUGCAAUCCUAAAAAAACCAAUAGACAAGGGUUCAAAAGGAAGCAAACAACUUUCUGGUGCCCAGACUGCAAGAAACCACUGUGUGUUCCAGACUGCUUCCGUGCAUACCACUCUCUGCAGAAUUACAGAGGUGUAUUGUUACCUGGUGCAGGUAAUGAGGACAGCAGUGACACUGAUAGUGACUGAACAUUGUCAUGUUUGAUGAUUAUGAAAGUGAUCAAUAUUGCAUUGAUUUUAAGUGAAAAAUAACAGUAAAGAGACAUUCUCUAUGAAAUUUUAUUUCAUGUUCUUAGUAUUAUUUUACCUUGUUUUGAAUUUUGUAACCUGUCUGUCAUACAUGAAUAAACUUGAUAAAAUGUUG